AUGUCUGACGCGUUCUGCAGCGACUGCAAGAGGCAGACGGAGGUGGUGUUCGACCACUCGGCGGGGGACACGGUGUGCUCCGAGUGCGGUCUCGUCUUGGAGUCUCACUCCAUCGACGAAACCUCCGAGUGGCGAACCUUUGCCAACGAGUCCGGCGACAACGACCCCGUGCGUGUCGGCGGGCCUACCAACCCGCUUCUUACCGACGGCGGCCUCUCCACUGUCAUCGCCAGGCCGAACGGCGCCUCCGGCGAGUUCCUGUCAUCCUCCCUUGGCCGCUGGCAGAACCGCGGCUCCAACCCCGACCGUGGACUCAUCGUCGCCUUCAAAACCAUCGCCACCAUGUCCGAUAGGUUGGGACUCGUUGCAACUAUCAAGGAUCGGGCUAACGAGAUAUAUAAACGAGUUGAAGACCAGAAGUCUAGUAGAGGAAGAAAUCAGGAUGCAUUAUUAGCUGCUUGCCUCUACAUUGCUUGUCGACAAGAAGACAAACCUCGCACUGUAAAGGAAAUUUGCUCUGUUGCCAAUGGAGCCGCAAAGAAGGAAAUUGGCCGAGCGAAAGAAUACAUAGUGAAACAACUGGGUUUGGAGAAAGGCCAAUCUGUAGAGAUGGGAACAAUACAUGCUGGGGACUUUAUGAGACGUUUUUGUUCUAAUCUCGGUAUGAAUAAUCAAGCUGUUAAAGCUGCUCAGGAAGCUGUUCAGAAAUCAGAAGAAUUUGAUAUAAGGAGGAGCCCCAUAUCAAUUGCUGCAGCAGUUAUAUACAUCAUAACUCAGCUUUCUGAUGAUAAAAAACCUCUCAAAGAUAUAUCAGUCGCUACGGGAGUUGCAGAAGGAACCAUUAGGAACUCGUUCAAGGAUCUUUUUCCCUAUGUUUCCAAAAUAAUACCAAACUGGUAUGCAAAGGAAGAGGAUUUGAAGAAUCUAUGCAGCCCUUAA